AUGGCGACCACACAGCAACAAGGGUCAAGCCCAUACUCUCUUCCUUUCACGCUUCAAGACACCGGCCUCCUUCACUUCAGUUCCUAUGUCAACGGCCAAUUCGUUUCAGCCCAUGACAACAAGGUCUUCGAUGUCCUCGACCCAGGUACCGGGAAGCCAUGGGCAACAUGUCCCGACUGCACAUCCGUCGACGUCGAGCCUGCCAUCGCCUCCUGUUACGAGGCGUUCCAGCGCUACUCCAAGACGACGCCACGCCAGCGGGCGAAGUUGCUGAUGAAAUGGCACGAGAUUAUGCUCGCUGUGAAAGAGGAUCUCGCUCGUAUUCUUGUCCACGAAACCGGCAAGCCACUGGUUGAGGCUCGCGGCGAGAUUGACUAUGCCUUGACAUUUGUCUGGUGGUUCUCUGGUGAGGCCGACCGGGGGGAGCAUGGGACGACGAUGAGCUGCGCCAUUCCCGGUCGCAGGGCCUUGACGAUCAAGCAGCCCGUCGGUGUCGCAGCCGCCCUUGUCCCGUGGAACUUUCCCAUCGCGCUCGCUCUGCGUAAAGCGGCGGCCGCAUUAGCAGCAGGCUGCACAAUGGUCGUCAAGACCUCUCCCGAAACGCCCCUCACAGCCGUCACAGUCGCGCAUCUCGCUACACGAGCAGGCUUUCCACCAGGUGCACUCAACGUGCUCACGACGAGCCUCGAGAACACACCUGCUGUGGCCGAGGCGCUGUGUCUAGACUCGAGGGUCAAGAAGGUCAGCUUCACGGGCAGCACACGUGUGGGCAAGUUGAUCGCAGGCUUGUGCGCAAAGAACCUUAAGAAGACAACGUUUGAGCUCGGCGGAAAUUGCCCGUUCAUCGUGUUUGAUGACGCCAACGUCGAGCAGGCAAUGGAGCAGCUUAUGGCGCUCAAGUGGCGGCAUGCAGGCCAGGCUUGCGUAACGUCUAACCGACUCUAUGUGCAGAGUGGUAUCUACGAUGGCUUUGUUGAGAAGCUCAUUAGCCAGACAAAGGCGUUAAAGCUUGGGCAUGGCAUGCAUGAGGGUACUACUAUUGGUGCACUUACAACGCCGAGAGGAUUGGACAAGGCAGAAGAGCUGUACAAGGAUGCUGUCGACAAGGGCGCUACAGCAGUCCUGGGCAAUGGCAAGAGGGAGAAUGGGGACGGUUACUUCAUGGCACCCACGAUUCUCACUGGCAUGACUGACAAGAUGGCCAUGACAAACGAGGAGAUUUUUGCGCCUGUUCUGGGCGUCUAUUGCUUCGACACGGAGGAUGAGGUUGUAAAGAGAGCGAACGACACACCUCUUGGGUUGGCGAGCUACGUGUUCACGAAGAACGUUGACAGAUUGCUGAGAAUGUUUGAGGGCCUGGAGGCUGGCAUGAUUGGACUGAAUGUCGGUAACAGCUCCUCGGCCGAGGCGCCGUUUGGAGGAAUCAAGGACAGUGGGCAUGGGAAGGAGAGUGGAAAGGACGUUGCUAUCGAUGAGUUCCUCAUCAGCAAGACUGGGACAUUGUCUAUUGAAGAGAAGUAUUGA